AUGUUGCUGAACCUCCUGUUGCUACUCCUGCUGAAUCAGUCUAUACAGACAGAUGGAUAUUAUUUUUCCAUGGUACAUGAAUGCACCUGCAGCUCAGAAGAUCUGAACGACAUAGAAUACAUCUAUAAGGUUUAUUUUAAUAAGGAACUAUCGGUGCAGUUCAGCAGCUCUGUGGGGAAGUUUAUAGGCUUCAAUGAGCUCGGAGUGGCGGAUGCGGCGCGCCGGAACAGCGGCAAUUCACUACAGUUUCACAGAACUCUGCUGGACGAAGUCUGCAAACCCGGCCUAAAUAUUAUGUAUUCUCAUUUCCUGAAUAAGAAAGUGCGGCCCAAGAUCCGGCUCAGGUUGCAACAGGAGGCCAGUGGUGGUCAUCCAGCUAUGAUGAUGUGCAGUGCAUACAGCUUCUACCCCCCAUCCAUCGAUGUGUACUGGCUAAGAGACGGUAAAAAGGUGACCUCUGAUAUGGUUUCCAUAGAGGAGAUGGCUGAUGGAGACUGGUACUACCAGGCCCACUCCCACCUGGAAUACACGCCCACAUCUGGAGAGAAGAUCUCCUGUGUGGUGGAGCACGCCAGCUCCAAGGAGCCCAUCAUCUACGACUGGGAAGUUUCCACUUUUUCUGAGUUUGAGUGGAACAAGAUUGCUCUCGGAACUUCAGGGCUGGUGUUGGGGGCCAUCCUGUCAUCUGCUGGAUUCAUCUACUACAUCUACAAGAAGAAAUUUCUAGGAAAGAUCCUGAUGCCAAGGAGACUGAGGUCAUUUGGAGCGCAGGGGGCGCUCCUGAGGACCUUCUUCAACACCGUUGUGGCAGCAGCCAUCUGCUGGUGUAGCAGCAUCUCAAAUGCGGACAGGAAGAGACUUGACAGCCUCAUUAAGAGGGCCAGAUCUGUCCUGGGAAGCCCCCUAAACCCAGUGCAGGUGGUGAGAGACAGGAGGAUAUUAGCCAGACUAGCAUCCAUGCAUGAGACUCUGGCAGCACUGGGCAGCUCCUUCAGUGACCAGCUGCUUCACCCCAAGUGUGUGAAGGAGCACCAUGACAAGUCCUUUCUUCCUGCUGCUCCCUACCAAUGA